AUGGCGUCUGCUGCUCUUCGUAGCUUUUCAAGGAGAAAGCUUUCACCAAAAUGGUUCUGCAAGACCUCCUCCUCCACAAUUCCCUCUCUUGUUCUUCAUCAUGAUGUCAAAACUUAUAAUACUAAGCCCACCACUUUCUCGGAUUCAAGUAUUCUUCUUUCUCGUAGUUUUCACAGGCAAGUGUUCUUCUUUGAAGACAGAAAGAAAAUGACUUUUGCUCAACCAUUAGGUGCUUCUGGAGUGUUUCUAUGUAGACACAUCUCCUCUUCAUCCGGCAAACCUGCAGAAGAAUCGAGCAUAACGCUUGAUGCCUUAGGAGAUAUUGUUGAGGGACUUGUCCCUGAGAAGUCUGUGGAAGCAGCUAUUGAUGGAUGUAGCACUGCAGCAUUUGAAAACUUAUAUUUCCCUCUGAACUGCGUGCAGUAUGUGAUUAAUGGAAUCCAUGACCUUACCGGCUUCAACUGGUGGAUCAUGUCGAUUGUUCUUACGGCCUUUCUGGUUAAUGGACUCAUGUCUCCACUCUCUCUGCGGAUUGAGAGACAAGUUUGGGAGUUAAAAGUUAUUUUCUUUUCUUUUCUUGUGUGCUUUCUCAUUGACUUCAUUUUUGCUUUUGAACCUUUAACUAUGUUUUCUUUUUGUAAAUUAGAUUUUGCGUAUGUGUAUUCAGAAGGUGAGGAGAGUGAUGCAGACAUGUGA